AUGAACCUCCUCUUCUGGGGGCCCGGGGUGGAGGUCGUGAACAGGUGGCACCGCGGGGCCUUCACCAGCGCCAGCGACCUUUUCCCGGACAAGGUGUCGGACCUGAAGGGGGCGACGAUAAAGAUCGUGACCUUCGGCUUCGCCCCGCACGUGGUCAACCGGGAGGAGGGGCUGCAGAAGUACGGCCGCGACGUCGAACUCAUCCAGACUCUGGCGCAGGUCCUCAACUUCUCGGCCAGCUUCCGGGAGCCGCCGAGGGGAGAGCUGUGGGGAGCGAAGCUGGAGAACGGCAGCUGGACGGGCCUGGUGGGGGCGCUGGCGAGGAACGAGGGCCAGCUGGGCGUCGCCAACAUCUUCCUCUCGGACAACAACAACCGAAGGCUCGUCCAGGACUUCACGCAGCCUUACGAUGCUGAUAUGAGUUGUUUCAUGGCGCGCUCCGCCCCGCCCCUCCCGAGGUGGCAGUCGCUGGCCCUCCCGUUCACCUUCGAGGUGUGGAUGGCCGUCCUCCUCGGGGUGCUGGUUCUCUCGCCCGUUCUCCUCUGGCUCGCGAGGGGGAGCGAAGUGAGUGGAGAGGAGGUGACAGGCCUGAAGACGCUGUCGUCUGCAGGCCUGUACUACUGGGGGGUUCUCCUGAGGGUUUCGCAGGCCCGCGUCCCCGUCCGGCCCUCGACGCAAAUCUUCGUGGCGUUCCUCUGGAUCUGCUCCGUGAUCCUCACCGUCGGCUACUCCUCCAACCUGACCGCCUUCCUCACCGUCAGCAGAACGCCCUCGGGGGUUGAGACCUUCAGCCAGCUCUAUGCCUCGCGCCAGGAAGUCAUCGGCAUGGGGACCUUCUUCAAGAUAUCCAUGAUUUCCUCUCGAAACAAGUACCUCAAUGGACUGGCCGACCGCUACGCCUCCUACUCGGACUUCGGGCAAGCGCUCCUGCCGGUGAAGGAAGGGAAGGGGGUCUUCAUCGAGAGCCGGAAAUACCUCGAGUACCUCAUCAACACGCAGUUCACGAACCGCGGGUCUUCCAGCAUGAGGAUCAUAAAGGUCUCGAGAUUAGUCCUACAUGGAAUCGAAAACCAAGGGAAUGGAGUCUGA